CAUCGCCUCCUCCUCCAUCGUUCAGUCUGCAACCCUCGACCCCCGUUCAUUCUCGGUGCCCGCCUCCGACCUCGCCGUCCUCGUCCCCUCCUCCGUUGGAAGCGCCAUCGUGUUGGGUUACCGGAAGCGUCGCGCGCAUGGAGGAUGAGGAGGCAUCUGACCCAAAGGCACUCCUAGAGGCUCAGACGAAGGCUAAGUGUGUCCGCCAGUGGUAUCUCUAUAAGGACUGCGUGAAGAGAAUUGCAGAUGAUGAGACUGGGCACAAGCACUGUACUGGCCAAUACUUCGAUUACUGGCAAUGCGUGGACAAGCAUGUUGCUGAGAAGCUCUUUGAUAGGUUAAAGUGACGAGGACAUUGUUCUCUCUUGCUACUUUUUGCUCAACGGUGGUAAUAAUCAUAUCAUUUGCACGCGUUAUAGACAAUUCAGGUGCCUAUUCCUAUAUGUAAAAAAAAAAGUUUUGCGGUUUUGCCUGUAACUCAGCACAAUAGUUUUUCCGCAGCAAGUUUACAUUUUGUUGCUGCCAAAGGCAUUGUUGGCUCAGGAUAUAUUUCUGUUCUGAGUUGAGAUAUUCCCAGGAUCGUGACUGAGGACUAAAUGUUGCCAUUGAUUUCUUUUC